AUGAGCGACAAGAUUAGCAACCUGCCGGACUUGUUGCUUCUCCAUAUUUUGUCUUCUAAAUCUCUUCAAACCAACGAUGUCGUUGCGACAUCCCUCUUGUCAAAGAGAUGGAGAUCUCUUUGGUACUCCAUUCCCAAGCUUGAGUUUCACGAUGCACUCUCAUGUAGUUAUGAAUCCUUUCUUCAAUUUAUAGACGCUACCCUCAUCUUAGUAGAUCUGAAAUCUGUCAAAAUGUUCUCUCUCCUGUGUGACUCUCAUGAUCUGCCCCCUCAUAAGGUUGACAUUUGGGUUAACGCUGUGGUCAAGAGCAAACUUGAGUAUCUGAAUUUAUGGUUUAACAGUGAAUUUGGUUCUGUAGUUAAGCCGUUGCCCUCUACCAUUUUCAAAUGCAGUACCAUUAGGAUCUUAAAGUUGCUUAGGGUGAAGUUGAGUAAACUUUCUACUGUUAAUCUGCCAUCUCUUAAGGCCUUGCAUAUGUUGUCCGUUGGGUUCUCGGACGCCGAAAGUUUAGAAAUGCUUCUUUCUGAAUGUGUUCGUCUUCAAGAAUUACUGCUACUGGAUGUGGAUUUACCUGAUUAUGAGGAUACGAACCUGGACAUUGGAAGGCUUCAUCACUUGGUUAUUGCAGAGGUUCCAGAAGGUCUAUUCCAAAUAGAAGUGUUCUCCAAUGUUACAUUUCUAAGCUUAAAGGAGCAUGAUUUUUCUCCUGAUGAUCAUGAUAUUCCAACAUUUUGCAAUUUGACCCAUCUGGAAGUUGAUUUAUUUACUCUGAAUGGGUGGGUCAAUAUGGUCAGCUGUCUCCCAAGUUUCCCCAAGCUUGAAACUUUCAUAAUUCGUGAGCAAGAUUUUAUGGGGGUGAAUUGGUCAAUGGAACCAAGUCCUGAUGAAGUUCCUCCAUGCGUGUCAUCUCACCUGAAGACUUUCGCUCUUAAGGGCUUUGAAUUCUUGAAAAGUGAGUUUCAAAUUGUAGGAUUUAUAUUGAAGCAUGCAAUAGUAUUGAGGUCUGUGAUCAUUACGACUGAAGAUUAUGAUUAUCCAAGCCCAGAGGCUGGGAGACAGGAAUUGUUGGGGAUAUUAUCGUCAUACCCCAAACGUUCCCGGAGUUGUAAGCUUUUUGUAGAUGUUCCUGCCAAAACCAUAUAUCAGAAGGUGUAUAAUAAAUUAGUUGAAGAAAAGGAUUUCAGUUACUACUUCGAAUUUUAG